CUCGUCACAGGCCGGCCAUGAUGUAUAUAAGAUGUCUUACCUCUUCAAUGGAUCAAACAGUCUGCGAACUCCGCCGCCACAACCGUGCGCCGCGUUCUUCAAUUCGGAAAAUAUUUUUCUUGUUCCAAAGACUUAAAAGAUCAUGCUGAGAAUGGACAAGAAAUAUAUCCUUGAAAUUUACAAGAACUAUCAUGUAAGACUUCAAGCCCUUCGAUUGCAGAAGCUUAUGUUGAUUCUCAAAAACAGGGAGAGAGCACGAUUUAUCCCACAACACAGAAUGAGAUUGUACUUGAAGUUGAUAAACUGUCCAACUAAACCUCCUAAAGGUAUGCUCUGUGAUUUGUGUGAGCAGGUAAUUCCAGAGAGGGCCAAGGGCCGUUAUAAAUGUACUCGUUGUAAGGCACGUUAUUGCUCCAAAGACCAUCUGAAGACUGCUUCAAAAUUUCAUCAUAGGAAAUGUAGUAUUUCCCAAGAAGAUAAAACCAGCCUGCCUUUGCCAAUAGGCAGCGUGCAAACUAUUUUGCCUUUGAAUUGUGGCGAAGAAGCUGUGGGACUAUGGAAUCAUUCAAAAACUACGAAUCAAAGUCUACACAUCGCAAAAUAUGUCGUAGAGAACCUUACAAAUUAUGGACACUGUGUUUUAGACCAUUUCCAUGGAGAAAACAUCUCAAAAACAAUCCUGAAUGAAGUAAAAAGCUUACACAGCAAAGGUUCAUUUAAAGAUGGUCAACUACAGUCAACAACAGGACAUGGCACUCCGAACAGGAAAGUACGGGAAGAUGAAAUAACAUGGUUGAAUGGUGAAGAAGAUGGAUGUAAUGCCAUUGCUCAUCACAUGGCCAUCACCGACGCGUUGUUACAGUUGUGCAAUUACUUCAUCAAGGCAAACGAUAUUGAAAACCGCUCCCCGGCAAUGGUUGCAUGUUACCCUGGUAAAGGUGCGGCAUACAAAAGACACAUUGAUAACCCAAACAAAGAUGGACGUUUAAUAACUACUAUUUACUACCUUAAUCAGGGAUGGGAUGCACGGGUUGAUGGAGGAGUUCUCAAGCUGUUUCCAGAGCAAAAGUGUUUUCCAGAAUCCAAUAAAACAGAGGUGCACAUUGAACCGAUCUUUGACAGACUAAUGCUGUUUUGGUCUGACAAGAGGAACCCACACGAAGUUUGUCCAGCUUACAGACAGAGAUAUGCCAUCACUCUCUGGUAUUUUGAUACCAAUGAAAGGAAAUUGUUUUUUGAGAAGUUAAAACAAAAACAGAUAAAACAUCCUGAAAGUCAGGAUUCACAGGAACUUGACUCAAAUGAUCGCUCAAGACUAGUUAAGGAGACAGAGUGAGAAGUGCAGAGAGUGCAGGUUGUGUCAUGGAAUAACGUUGUCAUAGAAACAGCUUCUGGGCCAUACAGAAGAAAUGAAAGAGCACUGUUUGCAGGAAUCAUCUCAGCUAUACUGACAAAUAUGAUGCCAUCUAUGUUUACAUAAAUACAGCUACGAUACUACACUACAGUAUAAAAUGAUGUAAAAACAAGCAAAAAGAAAGAUUUAUUGUACAUAAUGCAAAAAGCUAUAAAUAAUUAUUAUAUUGUAAAUAAUUUGAACAGCUGAAAAUGCUUUACUUGUAUUUCCAUGUUGUUUUUCGAAAUCAGUUCUCACUGAAAUAUAACAAGUGUACACUCAAAUUUGUAUAUUGCACAUCACAACCUUACAAAUAUCAAGACGUGCCUAUUAUACAAUAAUGUAAAAUAAUCAUUAUUAAAAUGAAAUUAAAUACAGUUAUUCAUGA